UCAUCGUGGGUGGUGGGCUGAUCCGCCUGCUGCGUCUUCAUUCGUUCGCAAGCUUUCACAGAGGUUUCAUCAGAUUUUUCGGCUGGCCGCAUAGAAAAAAGAAUCCGUCCGCAGGCCAAAACCUACGGUGCGAUGAACCAACAUUUCCAGAAAGCGAUUCCCAGUGGAAGGAUCAACAACAAAAAGUAUCGUCCGCGGAAGUUGUUUUAGCGGAGUUUUAUCCGACGAAAGAUGAAAGUUUAAUCAGUGAAGAAACAAAGCAAUUUUGGAGUGAAAGGAAAUUUCUGGAAUAAAGCAAACGGAAUUCUCAACCGAGGGUCAAAAUGAGUGCCCCCAUCGUCAUCACCGUACCCACAAAGUACAUCCCGAUCAAUUUGGCCCCGUUGGCCAUCAAGACCGAGUCGUCGUCGUCGUCCCAUUCGUGUUCCCUUUCGGAUGCGGACGAGUCGUCGAUGGAUGAGUUCCUGGUGCGCGGCAAGAAACGCCGCCUGGACCAUCUGACAUGGGAGGAGAAGCUCCAGAGGAAGAAGUUGAAGAACCGCGUCGCAGCACAAACCUCUCGCGACCGGAAGAAAGCCAAAAUGGAAGAAAUGGAACAAACCAUCCAACAGCAGACAGACCAAAUCAGCGAACUGCAACUGAAAUGCGCCUCGCUCCAAGCGGAAAAGGACACCUACUACAGUAAGUGUCUCGAUCUGGAGAACCGCCAAGCCGAGCUAGAGCGACGACUCAACGAUCUUCAGCAGCACCUACAGUUGAACGCCAUCAAGUCGGAAACGACGACCCCAGCAGCCUCACACAGUGUUGGCUCUGCUUCCACCCUUCUAGGAUCAGCAGCAUCCGCCCAAACCCCUCAGCAGCAGGGAUCUUUAAUGGAAGCACAGACGACACUGAGUCAGGACAAGAUGGGUCUGAAGACCCGAAGAAAAGGUAGCGACGCUGUGGAAGAUAGUUGCUCUCUGCCUGCUCUACAGGACAUGCUCGAAGACUUCGAUGUGUCCAAGCUCGAAGAGCUCGCCGAAAGCCUUCUGGCCAAUGUCACAAGCGAACUGGAAGGAACUGAUCAGGGAAGCAUCCCGUCUGAUGCCGAAAGCGCAAGCACCGGCUGCGGAAUGCCUGGAUCAAUGGUGGGGACCUCACCAGAACAGCUGGAAUCCGGCGAAAAAGCUGAUCAAGGAAGCAGCCUAAUUCUGACCACCCACAACUACUCCAAGUCACCCUUUCAUGUGGAGAAACCGCACAGCAGCACAAGUCAGCAGUCCAACCUUGAUCAAUCGCAAUCGACGGUCUUCGGAACCUACGACAACGACAGUAAUUGCAUCACAAUCGUCCUCAACGACGACGACCAAGAACUUCCACUGGAGGAGGAAAUCAUUUGCGAAGAAACGGGAGAAGAAUUCUUCCCCCACGAGCGGGACUUCAACGUCAAGUUGGUGCCGGUUCGGGAACUACUCUCACCCAUCCCCAGCACCUGCUCCAACUAUUCUUCCUCGGAUGAAGUGAAACAGGCACCGGAAGAUGAGGAGCAGCACUUGUUCAAGUGUCCCUUGACGCCCGUUUCGUUCGUGUCGGAUGGAGGAUACGAGUCGUUGGGAUCACCCAAUGCGUUCACGGAUUUCAACAGCAGUCCCGCCAGUUCGUUGGACAGUUUUUGGAAUCUCGAUCUCUUUCCCAUUUUAACAGAUAUGAACUAAAAUGCAAAUGCUACCCAGUUGUAAAUAUUUCCCGUUCCUUCAGUGAUGUACAAAUUUGAUACUAGUGUUAGGUCGUUAGGUUCUUAAGCUUAUCUCUUUUAAGGCUUCGUGAGUUGAGUAGAUUAAGGUUAGAUUGCUGUACAUAGUAAACACCUUUAAGAAAAGAUUGCUAUUUAUCGUUUUCAUUUAUUGUUCUCUCUGGUUAGAGAUGGCUAUUUGUUCUGCAAAUGCUGUGUAGUUUUUUCCUAGUUGAUAGAUUUAUUGUUUUAUUUUGUGCACAAAAUAAAUGUAGAAUGCUAUCAUUGAAACAUGAUCUUUAGUAGUAUAAGGAAAAUCGUAAAAUACGUAAUGAUGAAAAAGUAUAAUUGUUACAUAUUUUGUGAGUUUCAUAUUACUCUUUGAAAGGAUGACUUGAAAAAAAAAUAAACAAUUUUAACACACUA